UUCCUCCCUCGUCAUAGACAAGUGACAAGUGCACCGUCUGAUGAAGAAAGUGAUAGCGCUUCGGAUAGGGACGAGUUAAUACACAGUAACCGCGUUCAUGAUGAUGUUUUAAGAGAACGAAUAGACCUGUUUACUCGAAGUAAUGGCGAUGACUAUAGCGAAGAGAUUGAAAGUGAAGACGACGACAACGUAUCAUGUAAUGGAAACAGUGAUAUACAGAGUUUGAAAGAAAAGGUUUUGACAUCUUGUUCCAUGUGGAAAAAAUUGCUUAGACAGUGUCCCAUUAGAUGAUAUCCAGAACUCGAUCUUGGCAUUAAGAGAACUUUCAAGAGAGGAAAGAGACAUGUUUAUCAUGGGGAAACUUUCGUGCAAUACGAAUACCUGUACACAGAGAGGAAAGGAAAGAAAAAGGAAAAGAUACACAUACUUUUUUAGGAAUAAGGAAAUUUGCAGGGGGUCUUUUCUUUUUGCAUAUGGUGUUGGUUCAAAAUAUGUGAAGAAUAUUGUGUCCCACAUGAACGAAAAUGGGUGCAUACCAAGAACGCACAAAAACAAGAAUAGACGCCCUAGCAAUGCUUUCUGCUUUGAUGACCUGAAAAAUGCAAUAGACUUUAUCCAGAAUUACGCUGAAGAGUUUGGACUCCCUCAGCCCAAUGUGAAAAACCAAGGACAUCCUCACAUCUUUCUGCCGUCAUCUGGUAACAAGUCAUCUCUGCAUUCAACCUACGUCACAUCAUGUACUGAUGCAAACAAACGACACGUUGGUCUUACAACAUUUAAGCUUCUGUGGAGAGACUGCUGUCCCAAUAUCAAGUAUAUGACUCCACGGUCCGACAUCUGUCCAAAAUGUGAGAAUCAUCGGGCCAACAUAUCUACAGCUGCUGGACAACAGGAAAAACAGGAGCAUCUGCAGGCUUUCACUGAGCAUUUGUUAAUGGUGGAGAAAGAGCGUCAGGUGUAUAACAAUGCAGUAAAGAAUGCGAGAAAAGAAACGGAGCUACAUCACAGGCCUGCUGGAGUAAUUCCCCCUUGUUCAACCGACCUUAUGGAAGUUCACUACACUUUUGACUUUUCCCAGGCUCUCUCCAUCCCUCAUCACGCACGCCAAGAAGGACCACUGUAUUUCCUGACUCCCCGAAAAGUUCAGUUGUUUGGCGUUGCAAUUGAAGGACAGCACCAUCAAAUCAAUUAUCUGAUUGAUGAGGACCAAGGCAUCGGGGAAAAUGGUGCAGGGAUCAAAGGUGCCAAUGGUGUUGUCUCCAUGCUUCACCACUGCCUUACAACCUACGGUUCCGGAGAAAAGUCAUGUGUGAUACACUGUGACAAUUGUGCAGGAGAAAACAAAAACAGAUAUGUUCUGGGAUAUCUGAUGUGGCGAACUCUCAUGGGCUUGCAUCACGAUAUUCAGCUGUCAAUGCAGGUUCCAUACCAUGGCCGAUGUCUUGUUGAUGCCGGAUUUGCUAACAUAAAGCAGCUGUACCACAGGACGGAUGUAGAUAGCCUUUCCGGUCUUGUUGAGGUGGUUAGGAAAAGCGCCAGAUCAAACUCUCCCGUUACCUACAUCAACGACGCUGGAGAACACAGCUGGGAGUGGUAUGAUUGGAAGUCGUUUACCAGCACGUUCUUCACAAACGUGAAAGGCAUCCGGAAAAUGCGACAUUUUAGAUUUUCAUUAUUAUCACCGGGAAAACUGUUCGUCAAAAGUCACGCCGAUGACAGUGAACGAGAAAUCACGCUUCUGAAAUCCAGUAUCAGUCCGGAAGACAAAACAACAGGGUCAGUGAUGCCCGACAUUCUACCUCCCGGCGGGAUGACCUCAGAGAGGCAACGUUACCUGUUCCGUGUUGUUCGCCCUUUCGUACGAGAUCCUUUUAAGGACACUACCUGUCCAGAGGCUGAAGAGUGAUGAAGAUGAUGAUAAAAUGAACGGUUUUAAAUGAAAACAU